CCUUGAGCCGUCAAUGUUUGCGGCUGUUAGGCGUAUGGCCCGAUCCACGUGUUCCUUUAAGCAACUUUCGUCGGCCAAGCAUAACAUUCAUAAUUGUUACGUGUAUUCUGAGUUUUUACGUGAUAAUACCACAGUUAAUAAAUAUGAUUCGUGUUUGGGGUAAUGUGGCUCGCAUGGUGGAAGAUAUAGCUGCCGCCAAUUUUAGUUUGAUGGCAUUGAGCAAGUUAUUCGCUACUUGGUAUCACAGUGAAAGUAAGCAAUUAUUUUGCAACAAUAAAUAUAUUAAACAAAUUUCUGUUUUUAUUAUAAAUAAGUUGAUAGAAUAAAACGUUUUGGAAAAAGUUCGGUUUAUAUUUGACUUGCCUACAUAUAUUUAACGUAUCAAUAUAUGUGUGUGUUUAAUUUGAAAGCACUUCGAACAUUGAUGAUGUCAGUCAUGACCGAUUGGACAAGUUCGACGAAUAAGCGUGAACGAAAUACGAUGCUGAGGUUCGCGAGACGUGGCAGAAGCUUAUCUUUUAAAUGUUACGCAAUCGCGACGAUCACAGUUUCCUUUUACAUAUGUUUUAAUCUUCUGAAACUUUAUCAAAAUAUUCAUCAGCCUCAACGGAGCUUCGUCUAUCAUUUUGUUUAUCCUUACAACGCCCAGAAGAGUCCGAAUUACGAAAUCACAUUUGUCAUCCAACUUUUCGGCGGAAUAUACACGGCACUAAUCAAUUGUACCGUCGACAGUUUCAUCUCGAUGCUCUUGCUGCAUGUAUGCGCGCAACUAAUAAAUCUACGAGUGGCACUCAACAAUUCAAUCGAUGAACUAGCCAAUAAAUCUAUAUCCUAUCCGAAAUUUAAAGAAGACUUAGCCGCCGUUGCUGUACGACAUAAACAUCUUAUCAGGUAUGUCUCAAAAAUCAGCGUGUUAUCACUGAUCAGCAGUAGGGUUUUAGUAUAG